AUGUCCGACCCGGGACCAAGGAAACGGAAAAAGGCGUCUUCGAAGCCGGCUGCCAAGCAUGUUCGAAUUGAGCCUAAUAACGAUGACCUGGACGUAGAUUUUUCGUCCAUUCAAAAAUAUGUCAAGUUUAUCUGGAUACCCUUUCUCAUUGCCUUCGGGACAUUCAUAUAUCUUAAUCCGAGUCCUGUCGCUCAGUUCGUCAAUUCAUGGCUAGGAGAAGAUCCAUGGCAACCCACGUCCAGACCUGGCUCUCGUGUGCGGGUUGCGACUAGGAGCGCAGAUAUACCGAAGAGAGACGCGGUGGUUGAGGCAUUCAAAUACGCUUGGAGAGCCUAUGAGCGGGACGCUAUGGGGUCUGACGAGUAUCAUCCCAUCAGUCGCAAUGGAUCGAACUUGACAGACGCAGGCGGAAUUGGAUACACUGUCAUAGAUUCCAUUGACACCAUGUUGAUCAUGGGUCUUGAAGAUGACUACGCUCGUGCGCGAACCUGGGUGGCUGACAAGCUGUCGUUUGAAGCGAAUGGAAGCUUCAGCACUUUUGAGACGACAAUACGUGUUCUUGGUGGGCUUCUCUCGGCUUACCACAUAUCCGGUGAAGACCCCCUCUAUCUCGAGCGCGCUAUCGACCUAGCCGACAGGCUCCUGCCUGCAUUCGACACGCCAACUGGUUUACCCCUUCCAAGGGUUAAUCUGGUGGAACGCAAAGGUAUUCCGGACCAGGAGCUCCCUCUGCUUGUCAGCACCGCAGAGGUAUCAACAUUACAGCUAGAGUUCCGCUACUUAAGCUUCCUGACUGACAAUGACAUAUACUGGGAAAAAGCUGAAAACGUAAUGAAAGUUAUCAAGGCUGGGAAAAUGCCGCACGGUCUUGCUUCUAUCUACAUGAGUCUGGAAGGAGGUCAGUUCGUUCCAUCAGCCAUUCGUCUCGGAUCCCGGGGUGAUUCUUACUACGAGUACUUGCUAAAGCAAUAUCUCCAAACUAACCGAACAGAGGAUGUCUACCGCGAGAUGUAUGACAGCACUAUGCAGGGAAUUCAUCAGUACCUCAUUCAAAAGAGCGCCAGUACCAAAAUGAUAUACACGGCGGAGCUAAUACCCGAGCGUAACAAAAACAACGACAUUUCUUGGCGGUUGACUCCCAAACAAGAUCAUCUGGUCUGCUUCAUUGGAGGAUCUCUUAUGCUUGGGGCAACUACAACGGGUGCUCUUUUCGACACCAUCUCCGUACCUCCGAGAGAACAGGAGCUCACUCCUACGGGGCUACGGGACUGGAAAUCAGGAACUGCUCUUAUCAAGACUUGCAUGGAUACUCAUGACACCGCUACUGGAUUGGCACCAGAGAUCGUACACUUCAGAAUACCAAGCGAUGGGAUGGAUCAGAAGGCUGAUGCUCCUUCCGAUUGGUACAUCAAAGGCGCUAGACCGGGUGCUUUCCCUCCUUACGACGCUCGUUACAUGUUACGCCCUGAAACGGUGGAGUCGCUUUUCCUGGCGUACCGACUCUCGGGUGACAAGAAGUACCGGGAUUUCGGCUGGAGCAUUUUCCAGUCGAUUGAAAAGUAUUGCAAGGUUGAGACAGGUGGAUAUGCGACGAUUGUCAACGUAGACGAGGUUCCCGUACGGCUUGAGGAUAAGAUGGAAACCUUCUUGCUGAGCGAAACCUUGAAGUACUUGUAUCUGCUUUUCGAUGACGCAGAUGUGUUAUCUCUGGAUAAGUAUGUGUUCAACACAGAGGCGCAUCCGCUACCCAUAUUCAAUCCAACGAUAAGAACCGGAUUCUCUUGA